UCCCCCCAUUGGUCGUCAAAACUAAGGUUGAAUUCUCUGAUUAGGAAUAUCAAAUAUGGCAACAAUAAGUGCCUUAGUGGUGAUGACCAUAAUGGUGUCCUUCACUUGUGUAGCAAGUGCACUAAGUGUGGAUUACUAUGAACACACAUGUCCUCAGGUAGAGUCCAUUGUUUCGGGUGCUGUGUAUAAAGCAGCCAUGAAUGAUAUAACUGUCCCGGCUGCUCUACUUCGGAUGCAUUUUCAUGAUUGCUUCAUAAGGGGGUGUGAUGGGUCUGUUCUACUGGAAUCAAAAGGAAAUAAUAAAGCAGAAAAGGAUGGACCACCCAACAUCUCAUUGCAUGCAUUCUAUGUCAUUGAUAACGCCAAGAAAGCAAUUGAAGCCGUAUGUCCCGGAGUCGUAUCUUGUGCUGAUAUUUUGGCUCUGGCCGCAAGGGAUGCUGUUCAUCUGUCUGGAGGACCGUACUGGGAAGUGCCUAAAGGAAGAAAAGAUGGAAGGAUAUCAAAGGCCAUUGAAACAAGACAGUUGCCAGCUCCAACCUUCAAUAUAUCCCAAUUACAACAAAGCUUCUCUCAGAGAGGCCUUUCCUUGGAAGAUCUUGUAGCCCUCUCAGGUGGCCACACCCUGGGUUUUGCUCACUGCUCCUCUUUCCAAAACAGGAUUCACAACUUCAGCCCCAACAAAGACAUUGACCCUUCCUUGAACCCAUCAUUUGCCACCAACCUCAGAACCAUAUGUCCCUUUCACAACAAGGCAAAUAAUGCAGGUUCCCCAUUGGACUCAACCAACACCGUCUUUGACAACGCUUAUUACAAGCUCAUCCUCCAAGGCAAGACUGUUUUCUCUUCCGAUCAAGCACUUCUCACUCACCCCAAAACCAAAUCCUUGGUUUCAAAGUUUGCUAAUGCCAAAAAGGACUUUGAACACGCAUUCGUCAAGUCCAUGAUCAAAAUGAGCAGCAUCACAGGUGCUGGACAAGAAAUCAGGCUCCAUUGUAAACACGUUAGAUGAUCCUGUAUUUGUAUGUCUUAUGGUUUCUUAAGAAAUUGAAGACACGAGGGAGACACAAUAAUUGCUAUUGGUUCUUGAUUGUGACUUGUGAAUAUUGUUAAAACAAUAAUCAUAGUGCUUAAGCUGUUCGUGAAAGUUAAGGUGGUGAAUAACUUACAAGUUUGAGAUUAUAUUUGUUUA